AUGGGCGUCCCGUUUGAGGCUCUGCUGCCCUAUGCCAUCAUGACCGGCUUCUUCGCCUUCAGCGCCGUGUCGGUCGGAAAGCUCCAGGAGAUGCAGAACGGAGGCAAGCGGACGCGGCGCGGAAUCGAUGCAUGGGACAGGUACGACUGGACAAUGACCUCAUGCGACGUCUACUCACAAGAUGCAGUGAUGGAACGCGACCGCCGGCUGACGGGCUUCAUGCGCGGGCAGACGGACAAGCCGUAUGCGCCGGCCGGCUUCGAGGUCAACAACCCAUGGAGGUGCGAGCAACGCUUCUUGUAA